CUUCCUCACAACUUAAUUGCUUAUCACCAAUCUUCAUACAUUACAUAAUCAAUCUUGAGAUAUCAUCAUUCAUCGAUGGAGAGGGUUACGAGUAUGGUGUCCGAAAGGCCGGUCGUGAUCUUUAGCAAGACUAACUGCUGCAUUAGCCACACUGUCAAGUCACUCUUGCACGAUUUUGGAGUCAAUCCCGUUGUUUAUGAGCUCGAUAAAAUCCCUGGAGGCAGUGAGAUCGAGACUGCCCUGGCAAUGCUGGGCCGCGAUCCGGUGGUGCCAGCCGUGUUUAUUGGUGGUGAACUUGUAGGAGGAGCCAAUGAAGUGAUGAGCCUUCACCUCCAACGCAACUUAAGGCCCAUGCUUACCCGAGCCGGAGCUAUGUGGCUUUAGGUUCAACUCAACUCACAGAUACUACAAGUUAACAACAAUACCAUUUCGUUACUAUGAUGAAGAGACUAUAUAUGAACCCGGCAGUGACUAAUAAUAAUUGCAUUUCACAUGCAAACUACACCGAGUAGCUAACUAAUUAAUGUGUAUCAGUUUCUCUAGAGUGAGUAUUCUAAAGAAGCUUGUUAAUUAAUAAGUGGGUGUUCCUAUAUGAUAUGUACCCAUCAGCCUUUUUAAUGAGCUGAUUUUCUAUAUAUGAUGAAGGAUAUGAUUUUCUUUUUAA